AUCAUCUGUCAAACGCUCUGUUUUGUAUAUCUUCGUUGCAUAGUCGUUGUUUGUCUGAAAUAUUUUUAAUUUUGCAAAGUAAUUUGACUAAUAGAGCAAUAAUUUGUGCCAAUCGGAUUUAAUGAAUAACAAUGAUAAAUGAAGCUAGUUGUCGUGUUUGUACCGGACCUCCGGUUUUGCCCCUUUUCGAGUUACAUGAAGGAAUUAUGCCCGGACAGAUGCUCGCAGAUUUUGCUAACGUUUUGAUUUCCGAAAAUGACGGAAAACCAUCAUAUCUUUGCGCAGAUUGUGAACAGAAAUUAAAAAUAGGCGUUGAGUUUCAAAAGCAAGUUCUAGAGGCAGAGAGAAGAUUAGAGUCCAACAAAAAAACAGAACAGGAUUCUAGCAAAAUAAAGCUAGAAAUCGUUCAAGAUUGCGAAAGUGUCUAUGAAUAUGAGUUCCUCGACGAGGUUCCAGACGAAUCGACUGGGCAAGAUAAAGAGAUCAAAAAUGGUAUCCUCCUAAAGUCGGAUGAUGUCGAAACAUCUAUGGUACUGGGACAGUCAGAUAACGAUGACAAUGAGGGAAGCGUUCUUUCUGAUUCGGAUAUGGAGGAUGAAAUAGUGCUGGAAGAUGAGGAUACUAAAUUUCCCUUCGUCGUGCCUUCGGAGGAGAGAAUCGCACAGCGUUUAAUUUUCGAUGAUUUCGAAUACUUAGAAAUCGAUGGGGAUCGCUGUUGUGGAUGUAGCUUUAUUGCUGCGAACAGAGAUGAACUAAUACAGCAUUCAAAAGAUAACCAUUCGCAAAAUUAUUAUGCAGACAGCGGUUAUACUUGUCCCACGUGCUACCAGAAAUUUCAAAGCCAGGAAAGAUUGACCAAUCAUAUUGAGUAUUACUCUUACAAUGAUGUAUUUCUCUGUACGAUAUGCAAUGAGUCGUUUGUGCAGAAGAAUCAAUUAAAAUUACAUCAGGAUUCUAAACCCUUGCACCAACUACAGAAAUUACCAGUCAAACAAAAAUUCGAAAACAGUAAAAGAAAUGCAUCAUAUAAAAGACAUACAUUGCAGAUGAAACAAUCGGAAAAUGAAAACACUCAAUUUCAUUAUUGCUGUUUUGUUCGCUGCUGGGAAGGUUUUAACACGGAAGAUGAACUGUUAACACAUGUAUUUCAGGCUCAUGAAGGCAAAAGACGUGAAAACGAAUUGGCCAGCUCCAAAAAUCCAGAUCUCAUCAAAUUUACCUGUACGGUGUGCCAAAGAUCGUAUGAAUCCGAGAAACAGCUUCUUGUGCACGUGUCUUAUAAACAAAAGCGCGAUGAAUAUAUUUGCCAACAGUGCGGAAAAUGCUUCUUCAAGUCAAGUCAUCUACGUGAUCAUGAGCAGAAGUAUCAUAAUGAUUUUUUGCCGGAGUUUGCCUGUGAUAUCUGUGGAAAAACAUUCCGGAAAUUGUCGGUGCUCAAAAAUCACCAGAAAAUCCACGUCCCUUUUGAAAACGUACCCUGCAGUGAAACAGGCUGUGGUAUGGUCUUCAGGGAUACUGCCCUAAUGAAGAGGCACUGCAGAAACGUUCAUGGCGAAACGCCCUGGCAGUGCCGAUUUUGUCCUAAAAAACUGCGCACUAAAGAGGCAAUGGACAUUCACGAACGGGUGCAUACAGGAGAAAAGCCAUUCCAUUGCAGGCAAGGAUGUGAUCGGAAAUUUGCUCAUGCUACCGACCGGGUGAGACACGAGCGAUCGAUGCAUACUAGCGAAAAGCCGCACAAAUGCCAGCAGUGCAACGGGGCAUUUGUACGCCGAAGGGAGUUGGUGAUACACACACGGAAGCACCAUUCUGAGCAGCUCAGUCAACAUGGAUAAAGCUUGUUUUCAGCUCACGUCUGCACUGGAUAGGAAGUAUGUGAUUGAAUAAAUGCAACAACUGCAUAUUUAA